AUGACUGAUUCCGAUUUUGAGUGGUUGCUCAAUCUUGUUGGACCAAAAAUUACAAAAAAUGACACUAAUAUUAGAAAAGCCAUCACACCUACCGAACGCCUACUAAUUACUUUAAGAUUUUUGGCUACCAGAGAUUCCUACACUUCAUUAAUGCAUUUAUUUAGGAUUUCAAAGCAAGCGAUUUCAAAAAUUGUACCAGAAGUAUGUAUAGCAAUAUGUGAAGUUCUUGGCGAUCAAAUAAAAAUGCCUGGAACUGCUGAAGAGUGGAAAGUAGUGGCAACACAGUUUAAUAAUCUAUGGAAUUUUCCACAAUGUACAGGAGUUAUGGACGGAAAACAUAUUAUGAUUCAAUCACCAGAACACAGUGGAAGCGAUUACUUUAAUUACAAAUCGUUGUAA